CUCUAUAAAUAACAUGAGCUGCAUGCAAGAACCCAUUACAAACAUUAUUUCCCAUGGCGACAACCAAACAUGUUCUGUCUCCCAAACUUUCUCUCAUCUUUCUUAAUCUUGUCAUCUUAGCCACCACCGCAGCCGGUACCUAUGGUUUUGACUCUCCGUCGUCCAAAACUUGGCGUCCCUGGCCCUUCAAGAAGCUCAACAAACCGGUGGUUUUGAUGAUUUCUUGCGAUGGUUUCCGGUUCGGUUACCAAUUCAAAACCGACACGCCAAACAUCGACCUUCUCAUUUCCAGAGGAACUGAAGCCAAACACGGUUUAAUACCGGUUUUUCCCACCAUGACAUUUCCAAACCACUACUCUAUCGCGACCGGACUCUACCCUGCACACCACGGUAUAAUCAUGAACAAGUUUACCGAUCCGGUCACGGGAGAGGUGUUCAACAAAGGCUUACAACCGAAAUGGUGGUUAGGUGAGCCGUUAUGGGUAACCGCAGCAAACCAAGGUCGCAAGGCUGUGACUUACUUCUGGCCAGGCUCUGAAGUUCCCAAAGGUUCUUGGACUUGCCCUGAAGGAUAUUGUCCUCAUUUCAACCUUUCAGUUCCUUUGGAAGAAAGGGUGGAUUCGGUCUUGAACCAUUUUGAUCUCCCUGAGGACGAUAUUCCUGAUUUGCUGAUGCUGUAUUUCGAUGAGCCGGACCAAUCGGGUCAUAACUAUGGUCCUGAUGAUCCUCGGGUCACCGUUGCAGUUUCAAGGGUUGAUAAAAUGAUUGGUAGGGUGAUUAAGGGGCUGGAGAAGAGGGAGAUCUUUGAUGAGGUUCAUGUGAUAUUGCUUGGUGACCACGGAAUGGUGACCAACUGUGAGUGUGACGAGAAAGCGAUUUACAUUGAUGAUUUAGCAGAUUGGAUCAAGAUACCUGCGGCUUGGAUCCAAUCUUACAGCCCGGUGCUUGCAAUCAGUCCGAAAUGGGGUAAAAAUGUCGAGAAUCAAGGCGAGAAGAACGCAGAAGUCGUGGCAAAGAUGAACGAAGCUUUGAGCUCAGGUAAAGUAAAGAAUGGAGAAUUUUUGAAGGUUUACUUGAAGGAGAAACUACCGGAAAGACUUCAUUAUUCCGAGAGUUAUCGUAUUCCACCGAUCAUUGGAAUGGUCGGAGAAGGUCUUAUAGUAAGGCAGAAUAGAACAAAUGCUCAAGUUUGCUACGGAGACCAUGGUUACGACAACGCGCUCUUCUCGAUGAGGAGUAUAUUUGUCGGACAUGGUUCUAGGUUUAGCAGAGGAAAGAAAGUGCCAUCGUUUGAGAACGUGCAGAUCUAUAACAUCGUUGCUGAGAUUCUUGGACUACGACCAGCACCGAACAAUGGUUCUUCUUUGUUCCCCCGGAGCAUUCUCUUGCCUUUUGGAGCAACAAGAGAAAUAAAAUAAUGGUUAAGCAAAAAAUUCCUAAGCUAAUGAAUAAAACGUAAGGUGAUAAAUGAAUAACUAAUCUAUGUGCUCUCCAUGUUGUGAUGUUCUUAAUUUAUCUUGAAAUCACGAAAAUGUGACCCUUAAUGUUUUCAAAUAAAUCAGGUUUCGUCUUGGAGCCACGAUAACAUUAAUA